ACACUCACAAAAGACACACUCUACCCUGACCCCACCCUGUUCCACCAUGCGUUUAUAAAGAGCAUUCAUAUCAUAAGACAAUAACACAUCUAAUCACCAUGAGUUUGAGGACCAAGAAUCGCCUGGAGACAGUCGAUCAAUGCAAGCUAGAUUUCAGCAGCAUGUCUCAGGGCUCCAGAAUCGGCCUGAAGACCAGCAGCAGUGGCUUCUUCAUGGGAGGCCCCAUCACAGCCAUGCCCGUCAACAGGAGCCUGCUGGCACCAAUCAACCUGCAGGUUGACCCCAGCAUCCAGACAGUCCGCACCAAUGAGACGAACCAGAUCAAGGACCUCAACAACCGCUUUGUCACCUUCAUUGACAAGGUGCGACUCCUGGAGCAGCAGAACAAGAUGCUGGAGACCAAGUGGAGGCUGAUGCAGGAUCAGAUGACUGGCCCCUCCGACAUUGAGCCCAUGUUCCAAGCCCACAUCAGCAACCUGCAGAAACAACUGGACCAAGUCAACAAUGACAAUAUCAGGAUGGACCUUGAAAAAGAGAAAAUGUACCAUAACCUUAAGGACAUCAGAACAAAGUAUCAAGAUGAAAUCAGCAAGAGGAACACAUUGGAGAAUGAAUUUGUUUUGCUGAAAAAGGAUGUGGAUGCUGGUGUUCUGUCUAAGCUCGAUCAAGAGCAGAAAGUGUCUGCACUGGUAGAUGAAAUCAACUUCUUGAAGGUCUUGUACAAACAGGACCUGACUGAGCUGCAGUCCAGCGUGAAGGAAACCUCUGUGGUGGUUGAGAUGGACAACUCCCGUGGCCUGGACAUGAAGCAGACAAUUGCUGACGUUAAGGCCCAGUAUGAAGAUAUCUCAGUCCGCGGUCAAAAGCAGGCCGAGAGCUGGUACAAGACCAAGGUUGACAGUUUGGUCAGCAAGGCUGGACAGGCUGCUGAAGUGGUGCGCAACACUAAGGCUGAGAUCUUUGAGCUGAACCGUUUGAUCAGCCGACUGCAGAAUGACAUUUUGGUCGUGAAGGGAAAGAACACUGCCCUAGAGAGACAGAUAAUCGACGUGGAGGCCCGCGGAGAGACAGUCGUGAAAAAUGCCAAAACUCAAAUCAAUGACCUGGAGGCAGCUAUGCAGAGAGCCAAGUGGGAUAUGGCCUGUCAGAUCAGGGAGUAUCAGGACUUGAUGAACGUCAAGCUUGCCUUGGAUAUGGAGAUUUCCACCUACAGGAAACUGCUGGAGGGAGAGGAGACCAACUUCGGACAACAAUCAAUCAUCAAGAUAUCUUCCAUCCAGCCCCAUUACACCAUGCCGGAGACCAGAUACCAGCUGCCCACAUGCUCCUCCCCUAUCGUCAUCAAGACAGUGGAAUUGAAAGACUCUUCCACAUCAUACCAGUGAAAAACAAUCUGUUUUUGAGACGCGACAUGACUCAAGAGCUGCAUAUAUAACACUUGAAGUUGCUUCAGUAAUGUUUUAAAUAGGGCACAUUUAGGUAUCAAUGUCUUGUAUAGUUUUCAUAACACUACAUGGCUGUCUUUUCCUUGGUGACAAAAUACUUUAUCUUCAUUAAUAAAAGUGUACUCCAGAGGGUUUGUAUAAUUUCUGCCAGUAGUUUUGUAAACAGCGCAGAAGAUCUGGAACAGUCCGUUUUGUCGUGCUACAUUAUCCAUUUGUGUGUGAACAAUUGCACAAAAGCCCUGAGGAAAUGUUUCAUGAGCACAAUUAGUAACAUUUUAAACUCAGUUCAUGCAAUUAAACUCAGUUCAUGCAAAGAAU